AUGUAUAUCAAGUCUCUUCUCGUCUCCGCGCUGGUCGCUUCCGUCGUGGCCGCCCCGACUGGCAGGACCGUCACUCCUCGCCGGGGCAACACGUUCAAGACCAUUCGUUCUGCUAAUGCCACGGAUGCUGCUGUUUCAAACUCUACUGCCGGCGCAGACGCUACUGGUGACGCUUCAAACAGCGCGGGCGGCCUCAGCGACCUCCUCGGCGGGCUUCUCGGCGGUGCCGGGAACAAUGCCGAUGCUUCGGGCGGCGGACUCGACCAGCUCCUCGGCCUCCUCGGCGGGGCGGGUGAUGCCGCGAACGGUGCCGCCGGUGGCGUCACAGACGCGCUGUCUGGCAUCUUGAGCGGCGUGACAGGCGGCGGUGAUGCUGCUGCCGCCGAUGGACAAGCGAACAGUGGCGGACUCGCCAACCUCGCUGGUCUACUUGGCGGUCUGACCAAGAAGAACUAG